AUGGACCUGGCCAUCACCGAGCACCUGGCCCGCGCUAAGAGCCAGCGAGAUGCCGCGGCGCUGCAGAAGGCCUACGCGCUCAGCAAAUCCGCCAGCCUGGGGAAGUCGGAGUUCCACCCCUCGGAGAGCUUCAGCCCCGAACUCUUCGUGCUGUGCGCCGAGGAGGCGCUCAAGAUGGGCCGGCCGGACGUGAGCGAGGGCUGCAUCCAGAUGUACUUCACGCAGUUUCUGGGCCACGCGCACCUGUGCAGGGCUCGGCUGUGCGCCCCGCAGUCGGCUGACAACUUGGAGGAUUUUGAAAAUCGUGUGACUCAGUAUACGAAGGCAAUAAACUUUGCCAAAGGGAAACCGAGGUAUUACUUUUUGGUUUACAAUGCGUCGGUCCUCUACUGGCAGAUGGUGAGGCCCUUCCUCAAGCCUUGGUGCCACCAUCACCUGCUCUCCAGCCUCUCCCAGAUCGUGGCUGUCCUAAACCAGACCGACGAGGAAGACAAGGAGUGGCGGCUGAGCUGGCGCUGUGAGUCCGAGCAGCCCCUCCCCGCCUCAUGCGGGCGUGCACGUGCCCACAUGUUAGGUUUUACGUUCUCAAAAAUAUCUGUGCUCAGGCUCGGUGGACAGCCAAUUCCCGAUUCUCUGAAGUGCUGGGGGGAGAAGGAGGUCAUGGACGUUCCUUAUCAUGAAAGAAAAAGUCAAAACAUGGCACAAAAUGGAGGUCUUGCCCUCCAAGACCUUUUCACUGAGGGAUAA